AUGAGGAGACAGCUGCUGCCUCGGAGGGUGGUGGUUAUUGGGGGGGCUCGGACGCCCAUCGGCGGUUUCCUGGGAUCCUUGAGAGCCACGCCUCCCAGCAAACUCGCCGCUGCAGCAGCAGCUUCUGCCAUUAAACGCUCUGGGCUUUCUCCUGCAGAAAUUCAACAAUGUGUAGUAGGCCAGGUGCUCGCUGCGGGGCAAGGAAGAGCCUCCCACAGGCUGGCAAUGAGUCUUGCGGGUACGGGACGGUUUCCACACCGAGCAGAUAUUUUCCUUUUCUGCGUGGUUUUCGGCAUUAAGAAAGCAAGAGAAGGCGGCUACAGGCUGGGGGACGGAUCUCUCGUGGACUCAGUCGUUUUUGACGCUCUCAACGGCCCCAAUUUUCAACUAAUACCCGGCGAAGAAGCAGAAGCCGCCGCCGUGGGCCACGGCAUUUCGCGCGCUGACUGCGACGAAUACGCAGUAAGAAGUUUCAAGCGGGCAGCCGACGCUGCCAGCAAAGGCUUUUUCGGGCUGGAGGGGCUGGAGCCGCUGGCUGCUGCUGCUGCGGGUGCGUGGCUGCUGCUGGGGGAGCUAGGGAGCACGCCCAGUGCCCACGGCAUGGGCUCUUCAAUAUUCGACCCUCAAGAGCAGCAGCAGCUGCUGCAGCGCCGCGCUUCUGCGCACCCCAGCGGCCGCCAGCAGCUGCUGCAGCAGCGGCAGCGGCAGCAGCAGCAGCAGACGCGGGAGCAGCUGCAGCACGACGAAGAAGUGAGACGAAUCUCUCUGGACCGCGUGGCCUCAGCCCGCCCCAUCUUCCGCAGCGACGGAGUCUUGACGGCAGCAAACUCUUGCAAGUUGGGCGACGGGGCUGCAGCUUUGGUGUUGGGCGAAGAAGGAGAAGCAAGAAAAAGAGGCUUGAGGCCUCUAGCCCGAGUCUUGUCUUUUGCUGACGCGGGAGGAAGAGAUGAUGGGGCCCCUUUCACAUUACCUUCUGAAGUUGCAAUCCUUAGAGCUCUUCGUCUGGCAGGACUGGAACGGGCAAGAGAGUUUUUGCUGCCCGUGGACUUGUACGAAGUUCACGAAGCCUUUGCUGCUUUGCCGUUGCUGCUGAUGCGCCGGCUGGACAUUUGUGCUUCCCGGGUGAAUGUGAACGGGGGAGCCAUAAGCCUGGGCCACCCGUUUGGCAUGUCCGGAGUGAGAAUGGUGCUGUCGCUAGCUGCUGCGCUGCGCGCCCGAGACCUGACCUUCGGCUGCGCCGUUGCAUGCAACGGCGCCGACUCCGCCACGGCUUUGGUGCUGGAGGCUCUUUAA